AUGCUUGCUGAAAAUUUCGAUCAUGCUAGCCAAGACUUGUACGAAGCUAUCAGAAGAGAAGAAUAUCCUUCGUGA